AUGGAUGUAAGAGAGUUAAUUGAAGACCUCAAGGGAGAUCUCACUUGCUCCAUCUGCCUGGGCUACUUCGCUGACCCAGUGACUGUCAAAUGUGGCCAUAGCUUUUGCACAGAAUGUCUUCUCAGGUGCAGGGAGGAAACCAAUGAAACCUUAACCUGCCCAGAGUGCAGAGGAGUCAUCAAAUACAGUGACUUGGUGCCCAACAGGAGCCUGCAGGAUCUGUCCAUCACUGCCAAAAUGCUCAGACCUCAUUUGCUGCAGAGCAUGGUGGGCCUGACUACCUGUGAUCAACAUGGGGAAAAAGAGAAAUUCUUCUGUGAGGAAGACCAGAGGCUCCUCUGUGAUUCCUGUUUAUUAGCCCCAGAGCACAAGGGUCACCAAGUCCUUCCCUGGGAAACAGCUGCUGACAAGCACAAGGAGAAGCUCCAGGAGACACUGACUGUCUUACGGAGAAAAGAAGAGGAAUUUAAAAUGGUGAAGAAUGUAGUGAAAAGGAGAAAGACAUACUGUAAGGAGAGUACUUACAAUUUGAAACAGUCAGUUGCUUCUGAAUAUAGAAAAAUGCAUCAAUUCUUAUGGGAUGAAGAAUAUGAAUAUUUGCAAAGAUUUGAGCAGCAGCUCAGAGACAACCUGGACAAACUGGAGGAGAAGAAGGCCAAGCUGUCCCAACAAAUCCAUAAUCUGCAACGACUGACUUUAAAAGUGGUGGAAAAUUUGGACAAGCUGCCCUCUGAGAUGUUUCAGGAUACACAAGGCACUUUGGAAAAGAAUGAGGAGCUGCUACUUCAAAAACCAGAGAUUGCUGUCCCAGUCUUGAACAUAUAUUCCAUCACAGGCUUGAGAGAAAUGAUCAUGAGUUUCCAGAGAGAUAUCACUCUUGAUCCUGAAUCAGCCAAUCCUCAUCUCAUUCUGUCUGCGGAUUUGAAGAGUGUACAGUAUAGAAGUGUCCCCCAGGACCUGCCUGACAACAAAGAAAGAUUUGACAGUGCUCUUGCUGUUUUGGGGGCCCAGACCUUCACCUCAGGAAAACACUAUUGGGAAGUAGAGAUGGAAGAUAAGACAGAAUGGCAAGUGGGCAUCUGUAAAGACUCAGUCAACAGAAAGGGGGAACUCUCGUCUUCAUCUGAGGAUAUGAGGAUCCUAGCAGGCUACACAUCUGAAAAUAAUUUCUAUCUCAGAUAUUCAAAAAAUGACUUUCAAACGAGCCAGGCUUUACUCAAUUUGGGCAUUUUUCUUGAUUAUGAAAGGGGACAUAUUGCAUUUUAUGAUGUUACAGCCAGAUCCCUUAUCUACAGUCCCUCAGAUAUGGAAUUUGAAGGGCCUUUUCGCCCUUUCUUCUCUUUUGGCAUUCAUGACAAAGACAAUAACUUUGCUGGAUCACUCACUAUCUGUCCCAUUAGUAAUCAGUAA